AUGACUCAGGCUGACAAGGAGCAGGAAAAUGGGAAAGAGAAAGAAAAGGAGCGAGAAAAGGAAAAGGAGAAGGAGCAACAGCGCGGAGUGAAAAGACCCAUCAUUCCUGCGGCCAUCCCUGAUCCUCUGCAGGAGCAAAUACAGAGCAAUUUCGUUGUUGUCAUCCACCCUGGUUCAAGAAUGCUCCGCAUUGGUCGAGCAACAGACAAUCUCCCGGUUACGGUGCCUCAUGUUAUCGCACGUAGACACAAGCAAAGUGGACAGUCCAGAUACGAAGACGCAUGGCUGCUGAGACAAGGUUUAAAUCAGAAACCAGAGAGUAAUGAGCAGAGACAGAAUGGGCUCAAAAUGGUUGAUCAGGCCAUCUGGUCAAAGAAGAUGUCAAACGGUGUGCGGAGAACUCCAGUGUCUGCUGAGCAGGCCAGAGCCUAUAACUGUCAGAUCCGUCCUGCAGUACUAGACAGCAGCUCCAGAGCGAAGUGGACAAACACAGGCCAUCAGCCUCCUUAUCUAGUGGGAGAAGAGGCCCUUUAUGUGAAUCCUUCUGAUUGCUACAACAUUCACUGGCCCAUGGUGAGAGGUCAGCUCAAUGUCCACUCUGGUUCAGGAGGCUCGCUCUCGGCGGUCCUGGCUGAUCUUGAGACCAUCUGGAGUCAUGUCAUUCAGAAACAUCUGGAAAUCCCGCUGAAAGAUUUAAAGUAUUACAGGUGCAUCCUGUUAGUCCCUGAUAUCUACAACAGGCAGCACAUCAAGGAAGUUGUGAAUAUGCUGCUGCUUAAUAUGGGCUUCUCAGCAAUCAUUGCGCACCAGGAGUCGGUGUGCGCGACAUUUGGCAGUGGGUUAAGCAGCGCUUGUGUGGUGGACGUGGGGGACCAAAAAACAAGCGUCUGCUGCGUGGAGGAUGGAGUGUCCCAUCGGAACUCCAGGUUGUGUUUGGCCUAUGGCGGCUCAGAUGUGACCCGGACCUUCUUCUGGCUCCUGCAGAGAGCAGGGUUUCCCUACAGGGACUGUCAGCUGUCAAACAGACUGGACUGCCAGCUCCUGCAACAUCUGAAAGAGACAUUUUGCCAUCUUAAUCAAGACAUAUCAGGAUUACAAGAUCAUGAAUUUCAGACACGCUUCCCAGAAGCCCCAGCUCUUCUAUACCAAAUUCGACUUGGAGAUGAAAAAUUACAGGCACCCAUGGGUGUUUUCUACCCAACCACAUUUGGCAUCGUAGGCCAGAAGAUGACAUCGCUUCCGUACCGUUCCCAAGGAGACUCUGAGGAUCCUCAUGACGAACACUACCUUUUGACCACACAGAGCAAACAAGACCAGUCAUCCAAAUCUGCUGCUGACCGAAAGGCUGGUUCCAGACCAGGCGGAGGGUUGGACGGUGAGAUGAGCAGUCAGGGUGGCAUUGGAGAAAUGUCAGACCUACCCAGAGGCUGUGGGAGUGGUGGGGGAGCAGGGCCGCAGGGGGAGAUGGAGCUGGGGUCAAACCAGGGAGAGUGUCUGACCGGGGCUGGAGAAGUUGAAGAGUCCAUGUCUGCUCACUUUUCCAAGAAAACUGCCAUCAUCAGCCAGUUUGAGAGCAAAGCAUUGGGACUGGACAAGGCAAUCCUGCAUAGCAUCGACUGCUGUGGUACGGAAGGAGAUGCCUCAGACGAAACCAAACGAAAGAUGUAUAGUUCCAUCCUGGUGGUGGGAGGAGGGCUGAUGUUUCACGGUGCUCAGGAAUUUCUGCUUCAUCGCAUCAUCAACAAAAUGCCUCCCUCCUUCAGAAGGCUAGUCGAUAAUGUGGAAGUGAUAACUCGGCCAAAGGACAUGGACCCCCGGCUGAUAUCAUGGAAAGGGGGCGCAGUGCUGGCGUGUCUGGACACCACGCAGGAGAUGUGGAUCCAUCACAGGGAGUGGCAGCGAUUUGGUGUUCGCAUGCUGCGAGAAAGAGCAGCCUUCGUCUGGUGA